CUUGAUAUGGGGGACAGCAAUGCCACCGUGGUGACCGAGUUCAUCUUGCUUGGGAUUUCUGAAGACCGCAGAACUCAGAUGGUGUCGUUAGUUGCAUUCUCUCUAUUCUAUCUCACCACGCUAUUUGGUAACAGCCUUCUGAUUGUCCUGAUCAUCCUGAGCCCUCUUCUUCACACACCAAUGUACUUCUUUCUCUGCAACCUCUCCUUCUUGGACAUGCUCUACACUACCAGCAGUGUUCCACAGUUACUAGUCAACUGUUUCCUCCGCCGACUCACUAUAUCCUAUACCCGAUGCAUAACUGAGAUGUACAUUAGCCUCUUUCUCGGCAUAGCAGAGUGUUUCUUGCUGGCUGUCAUGGCGUACGACCGCUUUGCUGCCGUGUGCAACCCUUUGCAUUACACAGUCAUCAUGAGUUGGAAAGUGUGUAUCCAGUUGGCGGCCUUGUCUUGGGGCAGUGCCUUUGUGAUGACCCUGGUCCCUAGACUGAUUCAACCCACUCAGCUGUGUGGACACAUCAUCAACCACUUCAUUUGUGAGCUACAGGCAUUCCUCAAGCUGGCCUGCUCAGACACACGAGUGACUGAGAUUGUCAUCAUGAUCAACAGCGUUAUUGUCCUUGCUGUGCCCUUUGCUUUCAUCUUGGUGACCUACGGGCGCAUUGCCCAGGCUGUGAUGCGCAUGCACUCAGCCAAGGGACGAGGCAAGGCUUUUUCAACCUGUGGGUCCCAUCUGGUGGUGGUCUGUAUCUUCUACGGAUCAGCCCUCUCCAUGUACAUGCGGCCACAAGGCAAAACCGUCUCUGACCACGACAAAAUUGUCGCCCUCUUUUAUGGAGCAGUGACCCCAAUGCUCAACCCUUUGAUUUACAGCCUUAGAAACAAAGAUGUGAAAGGAGCCUUUUGGAGACUGCUUGGGAAGAAAAUAUCUGAAUGA